CAGAUGCGCACCCACAAGAUCGGGCACAUGUCCGGCCGGUUCGAUCCGAACCGGACGUCCAAGGUGCCGCUCACCAAGGCCCAGGUGGCCAGCCGGGUGAACCACAUCACCAAGGCGAACCUGGCGGAGGACUGGAGCUACGGGCUGGUGCCCUGCGACAGGAACCAUCCACCGGCGCGGGUUUUUGAGCGCCAGAACGCCGAGGACGGCGACCUGGCGACGAAGAGGUGGACGCCGGAUCUCGUCGAUCCGGCUGACCAAGCCGGCGACCAUGCCGGCGACGACGACCUGCCGCAGGCGCCUGAUCUAGGCGGCCAGGGGGAGCACAAUCCGCCCCCUUCACCAGAGCACCAGGAGGAGGAGGAGCCGGCGACGUCCGGCACGGGGCCAAUCCCCGCCGUGCCUCUGCGCACGAGGCCGCCAAGCGCCACGGCGACUUCGGCGCCCAAGGGCACGAAGAGAGCCGGCUCCACCGCCGCCGCGGAGUCGAGGGCGAAGAAACAGCGCCGGCAUCAGCCGAAGAAGGUCCCGGAGCAAGCCGGGUGAGUUCUCUCUCUCUUUUUCUUGUUUGAUUCCUUUUCUUUCCUUACUUUUAUGCUUAUUAUCUUUCUGUUUAUCCGGCUAGGGCCCCUAU